CGACCUCAGCAGCCGGUAAGUGAAGGGGAGGCAAAUGAGGGUCUGCGCUGAAACAUUUUAACAAUCCAUUUUCAUCUUCUAUCUGAAGUCGUUUUGAUCCCACACCGACACAUAAUUUAUGUGAAUACAGUUGUUUUGCACAUAACGUUAAUCAUUUUUAUGGAUUCGGUGUUUCUUUGAAUUUGUAGUGAAAUUAUCAUUGACCUUAGCUACUGUUCUCUUUUCUUUUUGAGACAAAACCAGGUGACUCGUCUUUAGUUGAUUUUUUUUAAAUCGGUCAACACAUUAAACUAAUAUGUACGCCUGUGCGAAGUUCGUCUCUACGCCUGCACUGGUCCGUGCUGGAUCCAGGGCAUUAUACAGACCUCUCUCUGCGUCUGUGCUUUCCCGGCCGGAUGUCAGAACAGGAGAGGUACCAUUGCGGGGUUUCCAGACUAGUGCUAUGAGCAGAGACAUUGACACAGCAGCCAAGUUCAUCGGCGCUGGAGCUGCCACAGUUGGAGUGGCUGGUUCUGGUGCUGGAAUCGGGACUGUGUUCGGCAGCCUUAUCAUCGGAUAUGCAAGGAACCCUUCUCUAAAGCAGCAGCUUUUCUCCUAUGCUAUCCUGGGAUUUGCCCUGUCUGAAGCCAUGGGUCUGUUCUGCUUGAUGGUUGCUUUCCUGAUCCUGUUUGCCAUGUAAAUAUUUCCACUGCAGAUGGUGAUCAUGAUUUUGAAACCACAGCUGUGGCUACCUAUUUUACUCGAGCAACCCAAAUUGUUCAGUGUUGGGGUCAUAAAAUUGUACAUUUUCCAAGUUUUUGUUGAAGGCUGACAAAAGAAAAGGCAUGUAUUGUAAAAAUGUAACCAAUUACAGAAUUAAAUGCAUGUAUUUCACUAUUUAAAAUGGUUUAGUUACUUUGUGUAUAGCCCCACUUCCCUGCAAAAGAUUUUCAAAGGAACACCAGAUUUUGGAUUAACAAAUGCAUUUCUCUAGUGUGUGCCCUUCACAUCAGAACAAAGCAUAUAGUUAUGUUAACUGCAGGUUGGUUGCAAUCAAGUGAGUUUAAGUACAUUUUCACUUAUUUUGGUUAUCAUGUGCUUUUCUUAAUUGUAAUAAAUACUGAAGUUAUCUU